AUGCAUUGGCGACGCUUAUUGUUGUUCCAAGGCAUAUUACUGUCUUCUGUAGUCACCUUCUUAUCAUCCGUUUACGGUGCUCGCUGGAAGCUUCUGAUACCAGGUGAUGAGGAAAAGCCGUUUCAUUUGGCUGACCAUCCAGUGUCCACUGAUGCUAGGAAGUACUCUAGGUUAGCCUCCACGUUUUCUAGCAGUUCCUUCCACGUAUUCGGCGGUGAAUCUGAGGGUUACUACAGUAACAGUAUCAAAUCGUUUGACAUUUUCAGGAAGAAAUGGACUACUUUACCGGCUGGUGGUGACGUUCCUGCCCCUCGUGCUGGAGCUACUUUGACUAAGAUAGGGUCUGCGCUAUACCUCAUCGGUGGUCAUAACGAGAACGGUACUAUUGGCAGCAUCCACCAAUAUGGUACUAUGCCUAUACUUUUGGCUUUAUAUGCCUAUUCAGAUGUCAUCACAAACAAGUGGUAUCAUGUUUAUGUCCCGGAUGAUGUCAAGUUUAUGUCAAGGAGCGGUCACGUCAGUUGUACUGAUGGUCUUGAUCGCAUUUUCAUUUUCGGAGGUUACAAUGAUGAAGGCAUAUUUCUUAAUGACUUGUACGAGAUCACUAUAGUCUCCAACUCAAUUCCAGAAUCUAAUUCUAAGGAUAUUAGCGCAUCUUUUAAGCUCCUGAGUGCCGAUCCCAGUUCAAAAGGGUUGAACCCAUCGCCUAAGGAAUUUGCAUCACUGCAGUUGGUCGACGGCAUUCUUUAUCUUUACGGUGGUUACACUUAUGGAGGUAGCAGCAAGGACGGGAUGUGGUUGUACAAUUUGAAGGAAUCUAAAUGGAGUUUGGUUGAUUGUCCGUUAUCUCCGCCUCCAUGUGAAGGGUUGAGUUCUUUAACCCUUGGUAGGAGUAUUUUAUAUUUCGGUGGCUGCGACUUCGGCUAUGGAUCUAAUCGUUGCUACAACGAUCUUUGGCGCUUCGAUACCACUACAUCGAAGUGGUACAUCAUACCAACUAGUGAUUCCCUCCCUCGUGGUCGCGCUUUUGCAGCUAUGGCGAUUCUUAAUGACACUUUGAUUGUUCAUGGCGGCUCUAAACUCGACAAACGGGCUUUUGGUGACACUUACCAGUUACUCGACCUCUUACCCUGCAAGGAUCCUGACCAUCGAUGUCUAGGCAGAGGUAAGGCGCAAUGUCUAAGGUUACCACCAGCUGGUUCAGGGGUAUGCUCCGGUGUCACAUGCCUGUGCAAUGAAGGUUACACUGGGCAUGACUGCAGCAUCACGCUAGUGUCGGCUAAAGACGGCAAGGCGACUGAGUUACCCAAGCGCACCGAGAUGUGA